AUGGAUUACUCAAUAGGAGGUGGCAGUGAGUCCGGUGAAGAAGUCAAUGGCAACUUUCGAGAUGAUGGAGAAAAAUCUUCCCACAAACGUCUUACCUCCGCUCAAACAUCCAUACUUAAAAAUUUCAUGAAGGAAUGCCACCAUCCAGACGAGGCAGAACGACAUCAAUUGGCUGUGGAAGUUGGGCUUGAGCCAAAACAAAUCAAGUUUUGGUUUCAGAAUAAGAGAACUCUGUUGAAGCAUCAACAUGAGCGAGAAACAAACGGUACUCUUCGUCGGGAGAAUGACAAGAUUCGUAACGAAAACCUCAAAAUAAAAGAGUGUGAGAAAAUGUCUAGCCUUCUUGCAAGUUACAUGGAGAAAAAGAUAUCACGACCGGAGUUUGAGCAAGCUCUUAAGUCUAUAAAAUCAUUUUCAAGAGACUAUGAAUGCUCAAGUCAUGUGCAUGGUAAUCUAGCUACGUGGGGAGGUGUGCUAGGGCAAACCUCAACACAAAACUAUGAUGCACAAAAGAUAACUAUGUCACAAGUUGUAGAUGCUGCAAUGGAUGAAUUGGUUAGGCUUGUGAGAGUUAAUGAGCCUUUUUGGGUCAAAUCUCCAAAUACUCAAGAUGGGUACACUUUUCAUCGCGAAAGUUAUGAACAAGUUUUUCCCAAGAACAAUCACUUUAAAGGUGCGAAUGUGUGUGAAGAAUCUUCCAAAUAUUCUGGAUUAGUGAAGAUUAGUGGCAUAGAUUUGGUUGGCAUGUUUCUUGACUCAGUCAAAUGGACAAACUUGUUCCCUACAAUUGUUACCAAAGCUGAAACUAUCAAAGUGUUUGAAAUCGGUUCACCAGGAAGUCGAGAUGGAGCUUUAUUACUGAUGAAUGAAGAAAUGCAUAUUUUAUCACCUCUAGUGAGGCCUCGUGAAUUUAACAUCAUUCGCUACUGCAAAAAAUUUGAUGCUGGAGUUUGGGUGAUAGCUGAUGUCUCAUUUGACUCAUCUCGACCAAACACUGCACCUCUUUCUCGUGGUUGGAAACAUCCCUCUGGAUGCAUCAUUCGUGAAAUGCCUCAUGGCGGUUGUUUGGUCACUUGGGUUGAACAUGUGGAAGUGGAAGAUAAGAUCCAUACACAUUACGUGUAUAGAGAUCUUGUUGGGAACUAUAAUUUAUAUGGAGCUGAAAGCUGGAUUAAGGAGCUUCAAAGAAUGUGUGAGAGAUCUUUAGGCUCUUAUGUUGAAGCAAUACCUGUUGAAGAAACUAUAGGAGUGAUCCAAACACUUGAAGGGAGGAAUAGUGUGAUAAAGCUUGCUCAGAGAAUGGUCAAAAUGUUUUGUGAAAGUUUAACAAUGCCUGGUCAAUUGGAAUUGAACCAUUUAACUCUUGCUAGCAUUGGUGGUAUUAGAGUCUCUUUUCGCAGCACCACGGACGAUGAUACAAGCCAGCCAAAUGGCACUAUUGUUACUGCGGCUACCACCCUUUGGCUCCCUCUGCCUGCUCUGAAAGUUUUUGAAUUCCUCAAAGAUCCUACAAAGCGAUCACAGUGGGAUGGUCUUUCUUGUGGAAAUCCAAUGCAUGAAAUUGCACACAUUUCAAAUGGACCUUAUCAUGGCAAUUGCAUUUCAAUUAUCAAGCCAUUCAUCCCUACUCAAAGGCAAAUGAUGAUUCUACAAGAAAGUUUCACAUCUCGUGUAGGAUCAUACAUUAUAUAUGCUCCAUCUGACAGACAAACUAUGGAUGUGGCUUUAAGAGGUGAAGACUCUAAAGAGCUACCAAUCCUUCCAUAUGGUUUUGUUGUCUGUUCAAAGAGCCAACCAAAUCUUAACGCACCAUUUGGAGCGUCUAACAAUAUUGAAGAUGGCUCGUUGUUAACCUUGGCAGCCCAAAUUCUGAGCACUAGUCCACAUGAAAUUGACCAAGUGCUUAAUGUGGAAGAUAUUACUGAUAUCAACACACAUUUGGCAACUACUAUUCUAAAUGUGAAGGAUGCUCUUAUGAGCUCUAUUUAA